CGUUUCCUCGAAAACCCGCUUUUAUAUCUCCUUUUAUCCACAACGAUAAAUAAGAUAUCCUUUUAUCCACAUCGAUAAAUACAAAGUGUAUCCUGUCAAUUGUUGCGUUUUGUGAAAAGCUUUUCGUAGUUUACUAAAAAUGUUGAAAUUUUUGGUUAGUGUGUUGUUAGCGUCGACGUGUGUACAAUAUGCCAGGGCGAUCCAGUGUUACGAGUGCAGCAGCGUGAACAACACCAUGUGUCUGGACCCCACCAUCUACGACAAGGACACCCUCCAGAAGUUCAUGAGCCUCACCGACUGUGGGACCCAUGGGAACCAGGAGUACUUCUGCAGGAAGAUCAUUCAGACUAUUCUCCACAAGGGCCAUGACUCGGAGGUGCGCGUGCACCGCGGCUGCGGCUGGGUGCGCUCGCGCAGGGACUGCUACAACGCGGACAACGAGGAUCAUCUCGAGACAGUGUGCCAGUGUUUUGGUGAUGGAUGUAACGCCGCGAAUUCUGUAGUAGCGGGGUGGAUAAUUAUGGUUGCCAGUACUGUGAUUUUGAAUAAAUAA